AUGUCCAAGAGAAGCGCUCAGGUUCUUGAAAUUUGCGUCGCACCAAGACUCGGAAGCGCUCAAGUUGAGUCCAACAUCACAAUGGACUCGCAACCCGUCAACAAUAGACUUCACAAAAUGCGACAAAGCCAGGCGGCAACGGGAGCCAUUGGCGUUGACGAGGGAGGCGACAGCCCGAAAUUCACGCCCUGGACAUACGGGGAUCGGUUUAAACAUCCAAUACCCAAAGAUGGGGAUCAUUUGGAAAAAUGUCUUGUGCUGGCUCGUGAAUACGACGACGGAAUGUGUAAUGUUUGGAAAGAUGAGAUUCAGAAUCUGUUAAUCUUUGCCGGUCUUUUCUCUGGAGUCGUGACGGCCUUCACGAUCGAAUCACAGAAAAAGUUGCAGGAAGACCCCGGGGAGACAGCAGUACUCCUCACCAAAAUUUCCGCUCAGCUGGCAAAUGCGUCAAAUACCGUAGAAUCACUACCAGCUAUCAAAGCGUUUUCCGUCACUUCCCCUGUUCUCCGCGUUAAUAUCUGCUGGUUCAUCAGCUUGACGCUCAGUUUAACCACCGUUUUGAUUGGCAUCCUCUGCCUUCAGUGGAUAAGGGAGUUUCAACAUCGUCCGUCUUUUCCUCCUGAACAAGCGCUAAAGCUACGUCAAGUUCGUCACGAGGGCAUAAACAAGUGGCACGUGCCAAGCAUACUCUCCGCUCUCCCCCUCCUGUUACAGGCCGCCCUCGUUCUGUUUUUCGCUGGACUCCUUGAAUUUUUGAGUUCAAUCCACAGUGGGGUUGCCAUUCCCGUCGCCGUGGUGGUUGGACUUACCUUUCUCUUUCUUUCUGCAACAACCAUUUUGCCCGCCCUGCAGAGCGUAUCUGCCAGUCUCCAUCCGUCCUGGCGACAGGCUUCCCCAUGCGCCUACAAAUCUCCUCAGUCGUGGGCUUUCUUCAAAUUAUUGACGGGCGUCCUUUCCUUCAUCAGGCCCUCGUAUUCGUUCAAAAGUGAGGAUUGGUUUACGCACGACCUUUUUUACUGCAAUGAUCCCAAUCUACUCCUUCACUGCCUAGCUUGGAUUGGCAAAACGUUGACCGCAAACCUUACUGCCGUGCGAUCGAUCUACCUUUCUUUGCAGGACCUACGGCCUAUAAAUGCAUGGCGUGUGUUCCGUGUCAUGAAUGAUAAUGACCACGAUCCGCUACCUACUUUCGACAAUGAGAGCCCCUUGCUUACCGAGCUCGCAUCUGCGAAAAUCUUUGAGCGUCUAAACAUACCUAUCGGUUGGCCUGACCUCAUUCUCCAUCAAAUAGAGCUAUAUAUCAGAGUGAUGGGUCAGGGGAACACAUCCAUCAAUUCCAGGCAGCUAGUUAGCCAGCAUAGAGUCAAAUGUCCACCCUUCUGGCAGCUUCCUGAUCUUACUGCAGAGACUGAACUUCAACUUUUGAAUUGUUCUGUUUGGCAGCUUGAAACACAAUUAGAUCAGGAAGAUGAAGAUAACCGAAUGUGGACCCUUGCCCUGGCCCUCAUCAAUAACCCACAACCUCCAACGGGGCUCCUGGCCAUUUUGGACCGCCUCUUCACUGUUGUUAACUCAUGGCUGGAUCACUCUGAACGGUUGAAUGAUCGCAGGAAUAAGUGCCUUCGCAAGCUGGUCAAGGAAUUUAUCUUGCCAGCCAUACGUAACCAGCAAGUGGGCAAUUUGCGGGAAAGGCUAGCUGGUCUUGAUGUGUUCCAAUCUGUGUUGCUCCGUUUUCACCUGCUGCAAGGCCGUCCUGAUGUGGCCAAUAUCUUGGGGUGGGGUCAACAUGAGUGGACAGAGUUUUUUACUGCCUUUGAGGUUGUACAGGAAGAUGACACACUAGAUCAUACACCUGCUUCCAUUCGCCUACCCUGA